GAAAAGUAAAUAACAUUAAACUCUGACUCACCUUUUUAGGUCUCUCUCUCUCUCUCUUUCAGACGACGAUUACUGAUAUUCCGUUGAUCGCCAGAUUCUCUACGUUGGAAAUAUCGAUCUAGAUACGCCAUGAAUCCUGAAUAUGACUAUCUGUUCAAGCUUUUGCUUAUCGGUGAUUCUGGUGUUGGAAAAUCCUGCUUGCUUCUAAGAUUUGCUGAUGAUUCUUACCUGGACAGCUACAUCAGUACCAUUGGUGUUGACUUUAAAAUCCGCACAGUUGAACAGGACGGAAAGACAAUCAAACUCCAGAUCUGGGACACAGCAGGCCAAGAGCGUUUCAGGACAAUCACAAGCAGCUACUACAGAGGAGCUCAUGGCAUCAUUGUCACCUACGAUGUCACUGACCAAGAGAGCUUCAACAACGUCAAGCAAUGGCUGAACGAAAUCGACCGUUACGCCAGUGAGAAUGUGAACAAGCUACUGGUUGGGAACAAAAACGAUCUCACUUCACAGAAAGUUGUCUCCACUGAGACUGCUCAGGCUUUUGCAGAUGAACUUGGGAUCCCUUUCUUGGAAACAAGUGCUAAAAAUGCAACCAAUGUUGAAGAAGCCUUCAUGGCCAUGACUGCUGCUAUUAAGACCAGAAUGGCUAGCCAACCGUCUGGAGGUGCCAAGCCACCGACUGUCCAGAUUCGCGGACAGCCAGUGAACCAGCAAUCAGGCUGCUGCUCAUCUUGAUUCCCCAUUAGUCUCAACAAGUCUCUUUGGAUCAUUACAACAACCAUUAUAAUCAUUUGUUUGCAUUGCAUGUAAGACUUCUACAAUUGACAACUCGUUGAAUCCUUUUCCUUUUGUUUUU